AUGGACAUGGCUGCCGAUCUAUUGCGUUCUAUGAAGUCGGCGCUUCUUGAACCGCUCGAGACCUUGAUCAUACUGCUUCAGAGAUUAGCCACAAACCACUGCAAGGGGAGCACUCACCAGACCAAUAGGCUCUUCAAGCCCAUCCGCGUCGGCAAAGUCGACCUCUCCCACCGAAUCGUGAUGGGUCCUUUAUGCAGCAACUUGGCGAACGACGAACACGUGCUCCAAGCGAACGCUGCUGCUGAGUAUUAUGGCAGUCGGGCACGCGAGCCAGGAACCAUGAUCAUUGGCGAAGCUACAUUCAUCUCUGCGCGAGCCGGUGGCAUCACGGAAAAAAGAGCUGGUAUGUGGAACAAAAAGCAGAUUGAUGGCUGGAGAAGAGCUGUGGAAAGUGUCCACCAAGCGGGCAGCUACAUCUUCCUGCAGUUGUGGGCUGUAGGACGCUCUGCUGAUCCAGCGGUUAAACAACGCGAUGGAACAGGCGACGUGGUCAGUAGUUCUGCUGUCGCAGAAACGCAAGAGGGCCACGUUCCGCGGGCAAUGCGUGAAGAUGAGAUUCAGGUAUACAUAAACGACUAUGUUACGGCUGCGAGGAACGCUAUAGAAGCUGCCGGGUUUGACGGCGUAGAGCUUCACGGCGGAAAUGGCUCUCUUAUUGACCAAUUCACGCAGAGUGUCGUCAACAGACGCACAGAUUCCUGGGGUGGAAGUGUGCAAAAUCGGUCUCGAUUCGCACUCGAGGUCACCAAGGCGGUGUGCGAAGCUGUAGGCCCAUCGCGCGUGGGUUUCAGAAUCUCGCCCUGGAGCACGUAUAGCGGAAUGGGCAUGAAUAAAGAGGACACCAUCUCACAAUUCACAGACUUACUGACUGGGCUGAAAAGGCUGGACAUCGCAUACGUUCACUUUGUUGAGAGUAGAAUCGCAGGGAGAGCGGAUGUAGAAGCAGGUGAAUCGUUGCAGCCUUUCGUCGAUCUGUGGGCAGCAACUUCGCCAAUUCUUCUCGCAGGCGGCUUUAGUCCCAAGUCUGCAGCCGAUGCACUUGAUCGGGAAUAUCGCGACAAGGACAUCCUCAUUGCCCUUCUCUUAGGCUCUCAAUAUCCUAUUCUUCCUUAA